AUGGCUCGCACGGCCACUCCGCUCUCGGCGCUGCUCCGCGGCCUCUCUUCCCGCCCUUCCCACUCCCCCGCAUUCCACGCCGCGCUGCUCAAGUCAUCUUCCCUCUCCAGCCCCAUCCCGGCCACCGCCCUCCUUACCGCCUACGCAAAAGCCGGCCUCCCAGGCGCCGCCUCCCGCCUGUUUGACGAAAUGCCCGUGCGCGACGCCGUUGCCUGGAACGCGCUCCUUGCAUGCCAUGUCCGUCACGCGCGCUGCGGUGCCGUCGCUGAAGUCUUCCGCGGCAUGGCGGCUGCCGGGUUCGCGCCAACGGCCGCCACCCUCUGCACCAUGCUCAAGGCCUGUGCUUCCUCCCGCGCAGUCCGCCCCGGCCGCCAGGUUCAUGCGCGGACAGUUCUUGCAUGCCACGGUGAUGUCAUUAUGACGACAGCUCUUGUUGAUCUCUACAUGAGCUGCGGCUGUGUCGAGGAGGCGAAGAGGCUGUUUAUCCACACGGACUGCCCCAAGGACGUGGCGCUGUGCAACUCUGUUCUUUCAGGAUGCGUGGAGAAUGGCCAGUUCCGGGAGGCUUUCUUGAUGCUGAGGGGAAUUGAACUCAAUGGAAUCACACUGACUUGCGCUCUCACAGCUUGCUCAGCCGCAGCAAAUCUGGCAUACGGCCUUCAAGUGCACUGCAAGGUUCUCCGAUGCGGGUUUGAUUCUGAGACUGUCCUAUGCAAUGCACUUAUUGACAUGUAUGCAAAGUGUGGGCGGACAACGGCUGCACGUGUGGUGUUUGAUCGGAUGACUUGCAGAAACAUUGUUUCCUGGUCUAGCAUGAUUGAUGGUUAUAGUCGCCAUGGGCAUGGCAAAGAGGCUUUGGAUUUGUUUGAGGGGAUGGAGAAAGCUGUACCCAUUGUCUUGCCUAAUGCUAUUACAUUUCUUGCUGUUCUCUCAGCUUGUGGACACUCUGGUCUUGUGGAUGAAGGCCGGUCCAAGUUACAUCUGAUGAAAAGAAAGUAUGCAAUUGAUCCAGGACCAGAGCACUACGCAUGUUUUAUUGACAUGUUAGGCCGGGCAGGACUGAUUGAUGAGGCAUGGGAUCUCUACUGUUGUUUACAUUCGAAUAAAAGUCAGCUCCAUGGUGCAAUCUGUGUGGCUAUGCUGAAUGCAUGUAUGGCUAACAUGGAUGUGGCAAGAGGAAACAUGGUUGCUGAGCAUAUUAUGGAGGUUGAUCCACAGAAUCCUCGAAAUCUUGUGUUAAUAUCAAAUUUUCACGCUGCUGCUGGACAAUGGUCUAUAUCAGAUGGAUCAAGGAAGGUUAUAAUGGACAAGGGUCUCAAUAAAGAAGCAGCUAGUAGUCAUGUCUCCAUUGGCUAA